UGUUUACUGUGAUCAUACCAGUGUUCCUUGGAGUGGUUGGUGUGUUGGGAGCACAGGACCCGUGUAUGUCGGGUCAGUACACAACAAGUGGUGAAUGUUGUAAGGAGUGUCAACCUGGAGAGGGUGUGGUGCAGCCAUGUGGAGAUACUCAGACAGUGUGUGAACAGUGCCUUGACAGUGAGACAUUCUCAGAGAACUUCAGCCACACAGAGAAGUGUCAGCCAUGCACACGUUGCACAGGCUUGCUGCGCAUGGAGACUCCCUGCACAGAUACCAACGAUGCCGUGUGUGUGUGUGACUACGGCUACUUUCGCAGCGAGGUGACGGGCGAGUGUCAGGCGUGCACGGUGUGUCCUGAAGGUCAGGGUGUGCUGAUUCGUUGUAUGCAUUAUCGUGACACAGUGUGUGAGGAGUGUGACGAAGAUACCUACUCAGACCAGGAGAGUGCACUGGACCCCUGCCUGCCCUGCACCGCAUGUGAGGAAUCUGAGACAAUGAUCCAAAGCUGCACUUCAGUUAGUGACACUGUCUGCCAAGGUCUGAAUACUCCCAGCACCUUUGGUUCUCCUCCUCCUUCUCCUGAAGAACCUCUUGUAACAGACAUGAGUGACUUUCCUCUGGAUGUGUCCACAGAGAGGGUGACCACAGCAGACCCUGGGCUGAAGAAUCUGAGGAAUGGCCUGAGCGAGAAACUGAUCCCCAUUUACUCCUCUAUUCUGGCUGCUGUUCUGCUGGGCCUCAUCGCCUUUGUCAUAUUCAAAUGGUGGAACAGCUGCAAGCAGAAUAAGCAGGGUGCCAACAACAGGGCGGGCACUGCCAACCCCAGUCAGACUCCCUCUCCUGAGGGAGAGAAACUGCACAGCGACAGUGGCAUCUCUGUAGACAGCCAGAGUUUGCAGGAAGGGCAGGGUCAGCCCCAUACAGUGGUGAAGAUGGAUGGUGGCUCUGCUCUUUCCCUGCCUCUGCACACUCGUGAGGAGGUGGAGAAACUCCUCAGCCAUACCUGUGGAGGAGAAGGAAGCGGGGCCACAGAGGAGACUGACUGGUGCAGCCUGGCAGGGUUGCUGGGCUACGAGGAGGAACGCAUCGCCUCGUUCCGUCAAGAGGAACGUCCAAUCCAAGCUCUGCUCUCUGACUGGGCAAGUCAAGAUAGUGCUAGCGUGGACACGCUUUGCACAGCCCUGCGAAAGAUCAACCGAGAGGACAUCAUUCAGAGCAUCAGCCUCAAACCCACUGCUACAUCUGCUGUUUGAGA